UGACUUGUUGAAUUUUUAUUCAGAUUGUGCAUUACUCUUCAUCGUGCACUGUCUCUUUAAUACAAGUGUACUGUAUCUUUAAGAAGACUGUACUGUCCCUUUAAUAAGAGUGUACUGUCCCUUUAAGAUGACUGAACCGUCUGUUUAAUUAAAGAGACCGUAGUAAAGGGCUGACUCUUCUCUCUCUCUCUGCUCUGGAUUCAUUCAUAAAUAAGACAUCUUGUUGAGAGGAAGCUGAUCUGGGAGCAUCAUGUUCUUCAUCCAGUGAACCGGAUGUGAAGGUCGAGCAGGAUCCAGACCUGCUCACCACCUCAGCGGGGGAGACUGUGAGUCCGGGGCCGAUGGAGCAGAGCUGACUUCCCGGGGCUGACCCCUUCAUGUGCGGGCCGACAGGAGGCAGCUCGGUCCAGCCCACUGCGUCUGUCGAGCACCGAGAACAUGCUCGUUUCCUCGCAGGGUUUGGUGUUUUCUACGCGUUUCCGCUCAGCACAAGUCCUCCCGGAUUAAAGAGCCCGACGAGUCCUUCCUGUUUCAACCUCUGAUCGUUUCUUGAUUCGAAACAAAUGUAAAUACGCCAGAGGAGCCGAGGACCGGACACUCCGAUGGAGCAGCAGUGAGAUAUGGCAGCGAAAGAGGACGACGUGUACGCCAAAGUGACCCCGCGGAGGCAGCGCCAGAGCCGGCCAACCACCGUCAAACAUGGGUCCGCUCUGGACGUGCUGCUGUCCAUGGGCUUUCCUAAAACCAGGGCCUUGAAAGCUCUGGUUUCAACAGGAGGCAAAAAUGUGCAGGCAGCUUGUGACUGGCUCUUCUCCCAUGUGGACGACCCUUUUCUGGACGACCCUCUGCCCAGAGAAUAUGUGUUAUAUCUGCGACCCAGCGGGCCGCUGCUGCAGCAGCUCUCACUCUUUUGGCAGCAGUCCCGUCUUUCCUGUGGCAAGAAUAAGGCGCACAACAUCUUCCCCCAUAUCACCCUCUGCCAGUUCUUCAUGAUUUACUCAUAUUUGAAACUUGAGAUGAGUUCUGUGUGUUUCCUCAGGUCACACUCCAUCCUCAACUGUGCCUCUCCAUCUAACUCUGGCACCACUGUGGGCGGGUUGUUGUUUGACGGACAGAUCAACGACACUCUACUCGACAGUCUGGUGGAUCCUCCCAGCCUGGCCGGCCUCUGUCCGCCCAUGCAGGUGUCGAGGCCAACGAGUCAGUCCUCCCUGUCUAAGAUGAGACUGUUUGUGUGUCGCCAUGGGGAGAGGAUGGACGUGGUGUUUGGGAAACACUGGGUCACUCAGUGCUUUGACUCCAAAGGUCGAUAUGUUCGCUCUAAUCUCAACAUGCCGUCCAGCCUGCCGGCCAGAGGCGGAGGUCAUCGGGACUAUGAUAAAGAUUGUCCAAUUACAGUGUUUGGCUCAACCCAGGCUCGUCUUGUGGGUGAAGCUCUGUUGGAAAGCCACGCAGCGGUAGACUUCAUUUACUGCUCUCCUUCUCUCCGCUGUGUCCAGACAGCUCAGCACAUUCUGCAGGGUCUCCAGCAGGAGGGAAAGACAAAACUCAGAGUGGAGCCCGGUUUGUUUGAAUGGACCAAGUGGGUUUCGGGCACGUGUUUACCCAGCUGGAUCCCCCCCGCUGAGCUGGCUGCUGCUAACCUGAGUGUGGACACAACGUACAGACCUCAUAUUCCCAUAAGUAAGCUGGUGGUUUCAGAGUCUUACGACACCUACAUCAGCCGGAGCUUCCAAGUGACACGAGAGAUCCUGGCCCAGUGCAAGAACUUAGGAAACACAGUCCUGAUCGUUGCCCAUGCCUCUUCCCUGGAGGCCUGCACUCGCCAGAUACAAGGCCUGAGUCCCCAAAACUCGAAGGACUUUGUCCAAGUUGUCCGGAAGAUUCCUUACUUGGGUUUUUGUGCAUGUGAAGAAAUGGGUGAGACGGGGGUGUGGCAGUUGACUGACCCACCCAUCAUGCCUCUGACACAUGGACCCAAUCACAGUUUCAACUGGAGGGAGAUGCUAACACAAGACUGAAGGAUGCUCUGUUUGGCUCACUGUCUUUCGGCUGCCCUGAACUCCUGAAAAAGUAUUUAUUUUUUAACUCACACUGCUAUAAAUCCAGCCCAACGACCAAAAAAAGCAAAGCUAACUAUGGCUUCUGUCAUCAUGCAAAACAAAAUGUGCAUACGGCAAACGUACGGCUCAGGAAAGAGAAAAUCUUGUUUGUUUUGAGAUCACAGCCAAAACCGGAGCUACAGGUUGGUCUCAUGGCCCUCAACAUUCCUCUUCUUUGACCCAAAAUGUGGAGGUGCAGCUAGAAUAAUGGAAGAUUGCUUGAAGGUUGCUGAUGACCCAGGUUUUAUGCCACAAAAGGGUGCAUCAUGAAGCCCUGUCUGUGGCUCCAGCUCAGGAGGAAGGGCCGGUGAAGACUCUGCUUUGCUGCCUACACACACUGUGACACUGAGAGUACAAUGAGAGGACUCGUACCACAGAAUUAUUUUUCCAUGUGUUAUUAUUUAACUCGUAGCUGUGACCCUCCUGCAGAAGAAAAAGCACAAAAGAAAUGUUGACAAUCAGAAACGGGAGAACUGAUCUUCAUUAUUUCUGGUGCUGAGGUGGGAAGAUUAUCACAAUUGUUUUAUUCCUGCCAAUGUCAUAUCAUUAAGCACUUCCUCUAAGUUAACAUGUGUGUGCCCACGUGAAUCCUUUAAGCUUCCUGUGAGGUCGCGGUCUGCCGGCAAUAUGUGGAGGCAAUGCAGUUUCUGCUACAAACUUAGAAAUGAAUAUAAUGAAAUGAUAUUACUGAUGUCCAGGUGCAUUGACUAAAACGUUUUGCUUAUUAAUCAUGACCCUGACACACACUCUCUGUAAGCCUGUUAACCACACUGCUUUUCAAACACGUGUUUCAUUGCAUUUCAGUAUUUCUUUGGUCAUGUCAGAUGAUUAAAAUGCUUUCUGCUUAUACCUCUUAUUUGUUGUAUGACACAGAAAAUCUCUCAACAAUGAAUAAAGCAAAGUUGUGGAGGUAUAUCGGCUUAUAUACAUCAGCCUGCACCAUGUGAUCUGUAAAAACUGUACUUCUUCAUGCCAGGACGAGAAGUGAGAAAACAUACUGACCAAAUAUUUUGUAUUUACCAUAUCUUUUUACUUUGCCGAGCAGCAAAGGCAGAACUACAAUGGCAGUCAGAGAGUACAUACUUACCAUACCAUAGCAAGGCCCCCUAUAUGAAACUACAUUUAAAUUCACUGCACAUUCUGUAACAUACCUGAUACAACAACCUUUCCACGUGGUAAUCCAUCCAGUAGUUUUUGUGUUCUUACUUACAAACCAACCAACUAAACGAACAAACGGGUGGAAACAUGAGCUCCUUGGUGGAGGUAAAACAAAUAAUGUAAAGGCUCAAUUCCAUUUAGCAUCCCAGUAAAGUGUUCUAGAUAUCUGCCAAGCACAACACCAGGACCUCCACCAAGGGGGGUGCAGCCGUUAUUAAUGUUAUUCCAUAUAGCUGAUGUGCUUUUCCUGUUAUGACAUGACAAAAUGUCUGCGGUGGAAUAAAAGCCAAGCAAUGAGAUCCUGUAAAGUCAAGUAUUUAGGACAGAAAAUGUACAUCUUUUUUAUAUUGAUAUGUAUUUAUAUUUAUUCAUGUCCCUAAAAAUUGCCCUGCAACCAAAUCAAA